AUGGCAAGCAACACCUCGAGCCCCGCACCGCUCCACCAGGCCGAGACCGAGCGCCCGCUCAAAGACCCCGUCUACCCGCCGCGCUACAUCGCCGCGAUGUGCACGCUCCUGACUGUCAACAGCAGGGCAUGGUACAGCGAGUUCGAGGCCAUCUACCACGAGCACCCGGGACUCGAGCCGAUCGCGGACGAGUACGAGCAGCAGUUGGGCGCGACCGCAUACAAGCCGUUCAAGGCGUGCCGCACUCUGCGUCGUGCUGGUCGUGAUUAUUCGAGGUAUCUCUACUUUGCCGUGCCGGUUCUCUUGCGCCGCGAGUACUUCAAGCUGCAUUGCGACGAACCAAUCGAGUCGUCAGCGAGCUACGAGAAGGUUCAGCUAGCGCCAAAGUCGCUCGACGAGGCAGGCUUGAUUCGUCUGGACGACGGUUCGACAGUCGAUGUACACGUUCUCCUCAAGCGCUAUGACACCUUCGAAGCUGCUGAUCGCGAAUGGGGCAUCCUCGGCGCAGUCGCCGUCAAGGCGUAUCACUCGCUUUUCGACUUGUUCGCACAUUCACGCGUCGCCGCGGCGCCCGACAGCGACGACACCGAAGCCGACGUGCCUACUGAGUCCCUCAAGUCGCCCAUGCAACCUUUCACUGGCUCGCACAAUAUUCACCAGCGCCAUGUCGCCUCGACUCCGGAGCUUUGA